CUCACCCUGACACUCUUUAGACCAGUUUGUUUUAGUAAGGUAUCUUAGUUUUUUUUUAAGCCUUUAACUGAGUGCAGAGUGCUUAAGGAUGGGUUUUGGGGAGGACCUGCGAUGUCCACAGGCUCACACGGCUUUACUGCGUCUGCUGGACUCGGAGCUGCGCCUGAUGGAGGUCAUGAAGAAGUGGAUGGGGCAAAGAGCUAAGAGUGAGCGGGACUUCUCUGCCCAGCUCCACCACAUGGCUGUGCUGGUAGAGCGACUGGAUAGACCCCAAUCUGGACCCGGGGUGGAACACAUCAGCCAACUAAAUAAGUCUUGGGAGUUGCUGGUUGCUCAGACGGAGAGCCUCAGUCAGUUGAUGAAGAAGCGCUCCGAGGAUCUCCAGGAUGGUCCCAUCAGUAAACUGACCCUGCUCAUACGGGACAAACAACAGCUCCGCAAAAACUACGCCGAGCAGUGGAGCACCCUGAGACUCGAGCUCACCAAGGUGACUCAAACAGAGCUGGAGAGGCUGAAGAACAACUACAGACAGGCCAUCAAGGAGACAGCUCAGGCCAAAAGAAAAUAUCAGGAAGCCAACAAAGAGCGAGAGCAGGAAAAGGCCAGAGAGCGGUACGUGAAGGCGUCAGUCAAACUUUAUGACCUCCACAACGAGUACGUGCUGUCGGUCCAGGCUGCACAGGUUUACCAUCAGCAGCACUACAGCCACAUUCAGCCGGCUCUCCUCCGCGCGCUCCAGAUGCUGCAGCAAGAAAUGGUGCUCAUCCUAAAGGAGAUCUUACAGGAGUACUUUGACAUCUCCACUCUACUGCAUCAUGAAGUGGUGCGUAUCCAUGAAGAGAUGUGUUCUGCCCUAACAGCCAUCGACCCUCACAGCGAGUACGAAAGCUUCAUUCAACAAAACAGGUCUGUGGGGGAAGACCCAGCCAGUGCCGACUUUGAUUACAGCAUCUUAGAAGAAAAUGAACAACUUAACUCAGCUGAGAUAGAGCUGAAUGACCUUACACUUGAGACCAUCCAACACAAGCUAACAGCCGUGGAGGAGGAAUUGAUGGACCUUGCUCGCACUCUAGGCCCCAAACAGGCAACAGUGGAGCAGCUCGAGCAGGAGUUACGCAUUGAGAGAGAAGGGGUCAAGAAAGGUCAAAGGGUUUACCAGUUCAGUAAAAGCCAUGCCCUGGAGGAAAGCCAGCAGCAGGUGUUUUUGUCUCAGGGAGUGCGGGCCAAACUGCAGGUUCAGAGGCUGCUGCUCAAAGAGAAACUGGACCAGCUGGGCUCACAGGACCCUCCUACUGCUCUGGAGUUCCACAUGGUGUCCAGCUCCUCAAACACAAGCAAAGACAGGAAUCAAGGUUCAUACAAAGGAAGAGAUGGACUCAUAAGCAACUUAAGUGGCCUGUUUAAAACUAAAACUGGGUCGCCUUCAGCUAUAGAUGCAGACCGUCCUUUGGAGGAGCAGGACUGGUAUCACGGAGCCGUCCCAAGAGUCGAGGUCCAGGAGCUGCUGCAAAAUGAUGGGGAUUUUCUGGUGCGGAAAAGUCAAGACAAGCCUGGUUACGUGCUGUCGGUGCAGUGGGACCAAUCCUGCAAGCAUUUCCUCAUUCAGGAUGCAAAUAAUGUGUACCGUCUGGAUGGUGAAAGUUUCCCGAGCAUUCCCAAACUGAUCCAUCAUCUUUUCUCCACUCGCGAACACAUCACCAAGAAAUGUGAAAUCGUGCUCAAUAAACCUGUCAAGAAGGGCAAAUGGGUUUUAGAUCACGAUGACUUGAUUCUGGGGCCACUUCUUGGGCGGGGUAACUUUGGGGAGGUGUACAGAGGACAUUUGCGUGCCAACAACACCCCCGUCGCAGUGAAAUCUUGUAAAGAGAGUCUGGCUCCUGAGCAAAAGAACAAGUUUCUGAUGGAGGCCAGGAUCUUAAAGCAGUACAACCAUCCAAAUAUUGUGAAGCUGAUCGGAGUGUGCACUCAGAGGCAGCCCAUUUACAUCAUCAUGGAGCUGGUUCCAGGGGGGGAUUUCCUCUCCUUCUUGCGCAAUGAGGGUCUGAACCUCAAGCCCAAAAUGCUGGUUAAAAUGACGGAAAACGUAGCAUCUGGGAUGGAGUACCUGGAGAGCAAGAACUGCAUUCACAGGGAUCUGGCAGCUCGGAACUGCUUGGUUGCAGAGAAGAAUGUGGUAAAGAUCAGUGACUUUGGGAUGUCCCGGCAGAAUGAUGAUGGGGUUUACUCUGCAGAGGGGGGACUCCGGCAGAUACCAGUCAAAUGGACCGCUCCUGAAGCCCUUAACUUUGGUCGUUAUACGACAGAGAGUGAUGUGUGGAGUUUUGGGAUCUUAUUAUGGGAAGUGUUCUCAUUGGGAAAGACUCCCUAUUCAUGUUUUACCAACCAGCAGACAAGAGACCAGGUGGAGAAAGGUUACCGCAUGCUUCCUCCAUGUGGGUGUCCUGUUGAAAUCACAAAAAUUAUGAAUACCUGCUGGGAAUAUGAACCACAAAAGAGGCCUUCUUUUAAGAAACUUCGAGCUGAACUGGCAUCCGUUUACAAUACAGUAAUUUAAAUCAACAAAUCUUUACUACACAUAUGUAACAAUGCAGUAUUUCAAAUGUACAGUGAUAUAGCUUGUAUUAAUUGAAUAUGCCUUUUGUGCUGUCUCAAACUCAUUGUUGUGUGACAAUAUGUUUUUGCAACACAUAGUAAACCAUUUGGUGGCAGUCUUCCCUCCUU